CUUCUACACCGUAGAUGACCCGGAUGUACAUUAGACAAGCUCAACCUCACCACACAUUUAUCUUGUUUAAUGCUGUGAUUUUGGGGCUUUUUGUCCAUCUUGUCGCCGCAAAGUGAAUCAAAUCCAUCAUCGUUACAAGAAAUAAAUUGCCACCAUGUUCCUCACCCUCACGUUGCUGCGAAAAGGAAUCCCUGGGAAGCAGUGGAUCGGAAAGUAUCGUCGUCCACGGAAAAUAACAUGGCAGAUGCAAAGCAAUAUGCUGAAGCACCUGGAGCGCGAAGCUGAGAACGAAUACUGGAUCAGCCGGCCAUACAUGACGGAGGAACAGGAACACGGCCACGCUGCAGAGCGGCGAGCCGAAAACUGGCGCAAGAUCAAGGAGGCUAAAUUCUGCAAUUUUCCUGAACACAAAUACGUCACGGAUCACCUGAGUCAUCUCAAAAUCACCAAGACUUGGUCGAGUUAAUGUGAGCGGAUAAAUGACAUGCAAAGACUGUCUUUAUAAUGGGACAAUAUUACGUGUUAAUGUGUGCAGGAAAGCUUGAGUUUGUUAUUUGUGUUUAAUAGGAUCCAGACUUUGUACACGGAAAGUCCACAAUAGACUGUUUUCACACUAUCUAGCUUCAUGAAACAAAUUUGUAAUAAUUUUGUUUGUGGUUCUGUAUCAGACUGAAUACACACCUCAACACGACUGUAACAGCUCCACAUUCAAUGCAGCUCAUUGGAUAAAAACUGCUUAACAUUCUG